AAACUCGCUGGACCAGAAGAAGGGACGAUCUUAAAGAUCCAAACCUGCAGACUUCAGGUUCAGCCCAUUAAUUCUUCUCCAGGACCUCUGGAUAGUAACACCUGGUUCUCAGGAGCCUCAGUGUUUUUCCGACCAACUCCUCAACCAUCACAGUCACAUUGGCCUGUCAGCAUCCAGUGUCCACCAUCCUAUGACCAGGUGAUUAAAGAAAAGACUCAGGAAGAACACAAGCCGACUGCGGAUCCCUUUCAGUCCAACUGCACUGCCACCCAGACUGACCCUGUGGGGGAAGAUGCCACUGCCAUUGCUGUCCCACAAUGCAGUGCAGCUCUGCAGACGGUGACUAGCACUGCUGGUAAAAAAACACAGAAACCACCAAGGCCUUCACUGUCCAAAUCCGCGAAUAAAGCCUCUGCUGGUGAGACAAUUGUGUCUACAGAUGGUACAGUUGCAUUAAAUCUGUCACCAUCUGACAUAAAGGAAUCCAAAGGAGCAGAAUCAACUGUUGCAGCUGUCAGAUCUGUGGUCGUACACUGGGAUAGUCACACAACAGCUCAGUCUGUCAGGGAAACGGUUCCCUCUUCUUCAGACUCUGAGCACUGUCACCACCCAGUGCCCCUUCCUCGUACAAAAUUCAGAAAGCAGGUCACUGGAGACGGGGCCAAAACUCAUACUUUAAUCAAACUGUGUGAAAACUCUGACAGCUGUUAUGUGCCUCCUGCCACAGAUCCUGAGAAAGGCUUAAAUAAAUAUUUAAAGGAGUUGUUGGAGGUCUUUAGUGCAGAUAACUGUGACAAAUCAGAUGAGCCUACACAACGGGAAGAUACUAUUGGCAAGAUGAACCCCAACCACAGCCAACGCAAUAUCCGAGCCAGGAUCCAGGCCUUCGAGAGUCAGGCUUCCGUAAAAGAGGGUGAAGGUGUUGAACACUCCAAGCCAGAACCUCAGCUCAGGAAGUCGAUCAUCAAACCUCCAGUUGCUAAUAAACCUUCUGAAACUUUAAAACCUGAUGUCAGCCAAAGUACAGAGAAUAUAUAUGAAGAAGUCUUACCUGUAGAUAUCCCUCAAAACUCAGCACCAGCCCCACCAGCCCCGAGACCUCAGGCUCCAAAGAAACCCGUGGCACUGCCUAUUAAAGAUGAACCAGAGACUGUACCCACCAAAGACCGAUCUCGGCCUCCUAUGCUGCUGAGAUCCAAAACCAUUCAAGAAGAGGGAGCAACAGCAGCUCCCCCUCUGCCACCACUGAAGAAGUCUUUGAAGGAACCUCUCAAACCAAACCUUAACAUCAACAACCACAGCUUGGCCUCUGUCAUCAGAGAGAACGAAUAUGUGGAUAAUCUAUCACAUCAUGUUGCGCUAAAGCCUCAGCACAGUGUGGACAGCAGUGGAGACUCUAUCUCCAAACAAUGUGCACCAAGGAGACCAACAACUAUCAGGGUUCCCAGCAAAUCCAGCACAUUUUCAGAGAGUUUUCAGGACGGUGCUCCUCCCCCUCUUCCUGCUGAGAAGCCUGUCAGUUAUUUCAAUCCUUUUGUGGACCACAGACAAAGUCCUGUACUUGUCCUUCCCUCAGCGCAAUCGCAGAACUUUCAGGAGUUGCCCAGUAGAUGUGUGGAGCCAAGUCUACCUCCUCGCCCUGUUGGAGGUAAGCCUCUCCCACCUCGCCCGCCCCCGACCAAGGCAGGUCCAGGAAGACCGCCCCCGCCACACCUUGAUGCUGCAGGUCGAUCCCAGUCAGCACUGUUACCACCAAGGGAGGCGUUGCCUAAACCCCAGUCACAAAUGUCCCAGGGGAAACACGUCUUACCACUGAGACCCAAACCAGGCCACAUUCUCUACAACAAAUACACUCUUCAACUUCCUCAUGGAAUUGCAUCAUUUGACUACGACGGGACCGAUCGUGGAGAACUGUCUUUUCAGAAAAAUGAAGUGCUGUUGCUGCUAGAGGAGAUUGACCACAACACGUUCCAGUGCCAAGCUGGAGAGGUUCAAGGCAGAGUCCAUAAAUCCCACAUGAAGGUCAUCACUCCCCUUUCCACUGUCUCAGACACAUCACCACCACAGGGUGCUGGAUCAGGGAGAGCUGAGGGUGGGAUGAAGGUUCAGGCCAUAUAUGACUUCUUUCCAGAGAAUGCAGAUGAGCUCGGGUUGAAGGCUGGAGAAGUAGUGACCAUGGUGGAGCAGGUGGAUGAUCAGUGGUACAGAGGAUCCUGUAGAGGAGCCACGGGUUUCUUUCCCAUCAACUACGUCAAAGUGCUGUUUGAUUCACCAAAAUCAGUCCCAGAAAGGAAAGCACAGCCACCGCCUAUGACCAUCAGCGGUCCGAGAUGUGUGGCGAGGUUUGACUUUGAAGGGGAGCACAGCGACGAGCUGUCCUUUUCUGAAGGCGAUGUGAUCCAAUUGCUGGCCUAUGUUGGACAGGAAUGGGCACGGGGACAGAUUGGCGUCUGCACCGGACUCUUCCCCCUGAACUUUGUGGAGGUCAUCGAAGAUCUGCCACCACCGCCGAGCCAGCAGCAGACACAGCCGACCAGGGGAGCACCGCCGGGGCCAGUUCCUCCUCCGACUGUCAACACUGAAGCUGCCAAACCUGCUCAGUUCGGAGCAGACUGGGUGGUGGCGCUGUCCGACUUUGCUGGAAAGAAUGAGAAAGACCUGUCCUUUCAAAAGGGGGACAUCAUCCUGGUCACACAUCACAUCAAUGCCGAGUGGUCGUACGGCAGCCUGAACGGCAGGGAGGGAAUCUUCCCCAGAACCUUUGUUGAGAGCAGCACAAUUGAAACACAGCAACGCCCUGUGACCAGGGUCACGACCACUGUUCAACAGGUCAGCUUCUUUGGCGGGCUGUUUCCAAUGAACUUUGUGGAAGUCACCGAAGAUCGGCUGCCACCACCGAGACGGCAGCAGACACAGCCGACCAGGGUGGCGCUGCCAGGUCUGGUUCCUCGUCCGACUGUCAAUACUGAAGCUGCCAAACCUGCUCAGUCUGGAGCAGACUGGAUGGUGGCCUUGUACGACUUUGCUGGAAAGAAUGAGAAAGACCUGUCCUUUCAAAAGGGGGACAUCAUCCUGGUCACACAUCACGUCAAUACCGAGUGGUCGUACGGCAGGCUGAACGGCAGGGAGGGAAUCUUCCCCAGAACCUUUGUUGAGAGCAGCACAGACCAGCUGUCUGCUUCCCAAGAGAGCGGUUGUGGAGGCCAAAGAGGCCGAGCGCUGUACGACUUCCAGUCAAACAAUGACGAGGAGCUGUCUCUGCAGGCUGGUGAUAUAAUAACCAACUUGGAGUCGAUGGACACAGAGUGGUUCAUGGGUGACUUAAGGGGAAAACGAGCCCUGGUCCCUAAAACCUAUGUACAAGUGUUGCAGGAUACAUGAAAAAAGUGACUGUGGACCAACUCCACAUUUUUUGGACAAGUUUCAGCACUAAAAUGCAGUAUUUAUACAUGAGCUAGAGAAACUGUUUCUACACCAAAUUAAAGAUGAACUAAGCAUUUAA